AUGGACCAGAAUCCCCAUGAAGCAGCACAGUUUCAAGACUUGCAGCAGAAAGCAGACAGGUUGGAAAUGCGAGUACAUGCCCUGGAGGCUGAAGUACAGCAACAGGUCAUCACUGCUUCCAACACUGGGGAUGACGAUAAACCUGAUGGUAAAGUAAAAAUUCAUUGCCACAAUCAAAUUACGCUUAUAAGAGAUUCACGAAGCAUGCUUUCACAGUUCAACGCCUUUAUUCCAGUUGUCUUCAACCCUGGCGAGAGCCAGACGCAAAGCACGUCGAAGAGUGUUGCGCAUGCGUACGCGCGUGCUCGCGUCGGUUACGGCGCCCGUCCCGAAGUGGGGCGGGGCCGGGCAUCCGCGCCGGAAAGGGGUUGGCUGGGCGGGGCCGGGAGGCGGUGGUGGUGGCUGCGCGCGCGCGCGCGCGACCGGGAAACGCUGCGAGGGCCUCGGCAGGCCGGGGGGCAGGGACGACAGAAGGAGACGAUGGCUGCGGCGGCGGGCGGCAGCGGGUCGGGGGCGGUAGCGGGCUCUGCGGGCGUGGGAGGCUCGGCGGCGGCCGUGGGCCUGGCAGUUUAUCGGCGGAAGGACGGGGGUCCGGCCAGCAAGUUUUGGGAGAGCCCGGAGACGGUGUCCCAGCUGGAUUCGGUGCGGGUUUGGCUGGGCAAGCACUAUAAGAAGUAUGUUCAUGCAGAUGCUCCUACCAAUAAGACACUGGCUGGACUGGUGGUACAGCUUCUCCAGUUCCAGGAAGAUGCCUUUGGGAAACAUGUUACCAACCCUGCCUUCACCAAACUCCCUGCAAAGUGUUUCAUGGAUUUCAAAGCUGGAGGCACCUUGUGUCACAUUCUUGGGGCUGCUUACAAAUAUAAAAAUGAACAGGGAUGGCGGAGGUUUGACCUACAGAAUCCAUCUCGAAUGGAUCGUAAUGUUGAAAUGUUUAUGAACAUUGAAAAAACAUUGGUGCAGAACAAUUGUCUGACGAGACCCAACAUCUACCUCAUUCCAGACAUUGAUCUGAAGUUAGCUAACAAAUUGAAAGAUAUCAUCAAACGACAUCAGGGAACAUUUACUGAUGAGAAGUCAAAAGCUUCCCACCACAUUUAUCCAUACCCGUCUUCACAAGAAGAUG